AUUCCUCUUUUUGCUGGGGUCCUGGGUAAUACAAUUCUUUUUGAAAAUAUCAAAAUUUAAAAAAAAAUAGUCUACUCAUCAGUACCUCACAACAGUAGCCUAGUAAAAAACAGUUAUUUUCCAGCCUUGAUUUAUUACAAACAUAAAUGAGUGACAGAAUGACUUCACCACAUCACUUCUUCUGACAGAGCUUUUCAUGAUCUCCACCCACCAGACGUCACGUCUCUGCAGCUCAGCUGUCAAAGAAAAUUCUGCCUGUGUUUCACUUUGUUGGCUCUUCCAGGCGGGCAGCCUGCUCGCAAUUACGACCGUACCUGAAGGCAGCAUUAACGCUGCAGGUGGGAAAAAACAUCAAAAAAACAAGAACAAAAAAAAAAACAGCGUAAAAUUAUUUAGUGUUUUGCCUUUGACCUGGAAUAAGACACUGAUUUUCCAGAGCAGGUUUUAAUAUACAUAUAUCUUUAACUUUGAGGAGAUUCAGCGGAGUUUUUUGUUUUUUCUUUGUUUUGAUAUUAAUCCUUCAGUGAGUGGCCCGGUGUCAUGGCUCCCCAGGCAGUCUGGGUCCUGGUCGUGCUGUCCGGUGUCCUGAGUGUGCGCUCCUGCUGGGCAUAUACCUGUCCGGCCAUCUGCCGCUGCAGCGCCGACACUUUUCAGUGCAGCAGAGACACUCAACUGGCCUCCCGGGCAGCAGCAACAUCCGUGCUUCGACUAAGACUCACUCAUCUGCCCUUGAAAGAAGUUCCCACUCAUGCCUUCAAAGAGCUGAUCAACAUAACAGUAAUCGAGAUUUCCCAGAGCGACUGCAUCACGCAGAUACGGAGACACGCGUUCCUCUCCCUCCACAGCCUGGCUCAAAUUUUUGUGCAGAAUAUCAACAGUCUGAGGAUCAUUGAAAAGGGUGCCUUCACUGACCUGCCCAAACUGAAAUAUUUGAGCAUCUCAAACACAGGGAUGAUACACUUCCCAGACUUCACAACUAUCUCCUCCUUGGUGUCCGAUAUUAUCCUAGAAAUGGCAGACAACAUGAGGAUUGAAACCAUUCCUGCCAAUUCUUUCCUGGGAAUGACGGAGGAGUACGUUGACAUGAACCUGCUUAGAAACGGUUUCAAGGAAAUAAAGUCUUAUGCCUUCAAUGGAACCAAGCUCAACACAUUGAUUUUAAGAGACAACAGGUAUCUCACUAACAUUCAAGAAGAUGCUUUCAAAGGAGCUUCAGGUCCAAUUUCUCUGGAUGUCUCCUCCACAGCUUUGAGCUCCCUCCCCCCUAAAGGGCUGAGGCAGGUGAGGUUUCUGAAGGCCGGCUCCGCUUUUGCUCUGAAGAGCCUCCCUCCACUGGAAAGCCUGGCUGAGGUGGAGGAGGCUGAGCUCACGUACCCCAGCCACUGCUGCGCCUUCCACACAUGGCGUCGGAAACAAAGGGAAAAUGCCUUGAAGAACUUCACAAAGUCUUGUGAUCUCAGCAAAACAGAAAUAGAGCCCACUGCAGAUGGUGUGAACGGUAUUAAUGACAUCAACUUUCAGUAUCCAGACCUGGAACUGGAUUGUCUUAACGACCCCUUCGUCAAGUGCAUGCCAAAGCCAGAUGCUUUUAACCCUUGCGAGGACCUACUGGGCUUUCGCUUCCUGCGCUGUCUCACCUGGAUAAUCACAGUUUUUGCUGUGACUGGUAACCUGACUGUGCUGGUUAUCCUCCUCAUUAGCCACCAUAAGCUAACCAUCUCCCGAUUUCUCAUGUGUAACCUGGCUUUUGCUGACUUGUGCAUGGGGCUCUACCUGAUGCUCAUCGCCUUCAUGGAUCACCACUCCCGUCACCAGUACUACAACCAUGCCACUGAAUGGCAGACAGGCCCCGGAUGUGGCAUAGCGGGGUUUUUGACAGUGUUUGCCAGUGAGCUCUCAGUAUAUACACUGACUGUGAUUAGCCUUGAACGCUGGCACACCAUCACCAAUGCCAUGCAUGUACACAAGAGGCUGCGGAUGCACCAUGUGACAGCCAUGAUGGUGGCAGGCUGGGGCUUCUCUCUGCUAGUUGCCCUGCUCCCUCUUGUGGGGGUCAGCAGCUACAGCAAAGUGAGCAUCUGCCUGCCCAUGGACAUCGACACACUGGGCUCUCAGGUUUACGUGGUGGCUGUUCUCAUUCUCAAUGUUUUUGCUUUCCUGGUGGUCUGUUACUGUUACAUAUGUAUUUAUCUCAGUGUCCGCAACCCAGAGCAUUCCGCACGUCAUGGAGAUACUAAGAUUGCUAAACGCAUGGCUGUGCUCAUUUUCACUGACUUCAUUUGCAUGGCACCCAUCUCCUUUUUCGCCAUCUCUGCGGCCCUGAGAAUGCCCCUCAUCACAGUGUCUCACUCAAAGAUCCUGCUCAUCUUUUUUUAUCCCAUCAACUCCCUCUGCAACCCUUUCUUGUACACCAUCUUCACGCGGGCCUUCAGGAAGGAUGUGUGCCGGCUGCUGAAUCGUUGUGGCUGCUGUCACGCCAAAUCUAACUUCUACAGGUCACAGACUCUGGCUUCACACCUCACCUGUAACCAAAAAGUGUCCACCAGAAAACCUCACUCACUUAGCUUCUAUGCCUACAUUAAGAGGAAAGGUUGCUUUAUAAACAAGGGAACCACAUGAUCAAUAACAGAUAAUUUUAUUGUAAUUAUUUUAGCUGUCUUGUAGCAUUUCUUCUAAGUUUAGGUCAGGGUGUCAGUCUUGUACAUGGCAUGCUUCAGAUCAGAUUUGAUCUGGAUCAGUUUACAGAGUGAGAAUUUCAUCAGUCAGGGUCAAGACACCUCAAAUUGAAGACAACAGGUGCUGCAGCCUCCAUUUCUGCACAUAUAAUGUGGUACAAAGAAGCAGAUGAGUGGAGCGGGAAUAGAGAACAAAUAAAGCAGGGUUUUUUGGGGGUUUUUUUUGCAAAGCUAUCUUAAAUCAUAUUAUCAAUGAUCAUUUGUUAUUAAGAUCAAGCUAUAUAAAACAGAACUUGUGUGAGAUGUAAGACAUGUAGUUCUAUAGAAGAUCUUUAAGCAGAGGUUAUUUAUUUUCUGUCCAUAUAAUAGUCAAGAUUUUAAGCUUGAAUGUGUGAAGUAAAUAUGAUCAAAUGAAAGUGUUUGUAUUAGCUUGUCUGUUCAGGCUUUUUAGUCUAAUGAGUGUUGGGUUGUUGUACUCAAGAGACAUUCGAGCUGAGAGGCUUGAAGACUGCAGACAUGCCAGAGCAGCCACAGGAAGCCAGUAAAAACUGGGGCCUGGUCCAUAAUAAACAAUUACUGCUGUUCAAAAUGUCCCAGGUUCUUACAAUAAAACAUUCUAAUUUUAAAAAAUGUGGUCAAUUAUUUAUGCUAACCGUCUUUUUCAAUAUUUUUAUCCUAUUAGCAACAUCUGUUGAGACUAAGAUUAUAUCAAGGUUGACGUGCCAAACCUCCUGGUACUGUGUUUCUGCCUAAAACUUGCUAUAAGAGCAUAUACAGUGCUGUUUGAAAGUUUGUGAACCU